AUGGGGACGGUCGGACAGUGUGUGACCCGAGAGGAGGUGUCCCUCUCCUUCCGUGAAAUGUGUCACUGCCCAGCGGCAAUCAUUACCGGAUUCAUGACCGUUCGACGGCAGAGCCGAGUCAAUUCUGCAUCGCAGGAGAAGAUGUGCCGAGGGAUCGCUGCCAUUUUGCACCUGCACAGCCAAGGGAACUCCAUGGUCGAUCAAAGUUCCAAACUAUUGGCUGUGGAUGUUGCUCAAACACAGCAUGUGGACAACAGUUUCCUCAAGGUCGGGAUCAUCCUGCUUCUGAUCCUUUGCCUGAUCCCGGUGUUUCUGCGGAGCAGAGGUUGGAAGCGCAGCGUCGUCCAGCCCCCGUGCCCCUCGCGGUUAAACGGCACCUCCUUCCUGAUGCGGCCCGCCAGCCGGUGUGACAACAGCGCCCCCUUCCUCGUCCUGCUGGUCACCAGCUCCCCCGAUCAGAUCCAGAUUCGCGCCAUAAUCCGCCAGACCUGGGGGAGCGAGACUGUCGGCGGAGCCAGGUCGUUCAGUUAUUUCCUGCUAGGGCACGGGCGUCAUCGACAGGACUGGAUCCGGCGGGAGGGCGCUCUAAACGGGGACAUCGUCCAGGGUGAUUUCGAGGACACGUACUACAAUCUGACUCUCGAAGUGCUGCUGGGUCUGGAGUGGCUCGCUGCUCCCUGUCCCUCCGCUUCCUUCGUGAUGAAGACCGACAGUGACAUGUUCGUCAACACGGACUAUCUGAUGGAGCUCCUGUCCCGGGACCCGCUCCGGAGGAACCUCUUCACUGGCGCAAUCAUGAAAGGCUUAGCACCUAUUCCUGAAAAAUCCAAGUGGUACGUCAGCAAGGAGGAGUACCCCAGGGACAAAUACCCACCCUACUGUCGGGGCAAGUACUAUGCCCUCUCCUCUCACCUGGCCUGCCGUGUGUGGGAGGUCUCCGAGACCGUGCCCAAGAUGAGAAUGGAGGAUGUUUACGUGGGACAUUGCCUGGCGGAGCUGAAGGUAGAACCUAUGAAUAUUCAGACUCGACGCGCCUUCCACAUUUACAAGGUACCUUUCUCCAUCUGCACCUACCGGCAGCUCGUCACCUCCCACCACGUCGGAAACUACGAGAAACUGGUCUAUUGGAGAGGUCUGCAGCAAUCAGCCGAUGAGAAAUGCCAGGGAGACCUGUGA